CGUCAUUUUGAUUGACGGAUGAAACACCGCCCAGGAGACUCGAGGACUCAAGUAUUCCCACAGAUGUCGGCAUCGAAACGGCAACAACAAAGUUGAGAGUGGGAAGACGUUCAUGGCCAACAGCAGCACCUGAAGACGCUUCUCCGCUUGAAAACCUCGUCAUGGAUGUGCUGAAAUCUGCCAGAAGGGCUUUUAUUCGGAGUCCCAGCCUGACCAAACAGUCCUGGAGCUCAGGCAAACACCAAAAGCUCCCUGAGAAUUGGACUGACACAAGAGAGACUCUUCUCGAGGGAAUGACCUUUAACCUUCGUCAUCUGGGGAUGACUCUGGUGGACCAACCCAAAGGCGAGGAUCUCUCAGCUGCUGCUGUCAAGAGGAUUGUUGCCACGGCCAAAGCCAGUGGGAAGAAACUGCCUAAAGUGGCCCUGAAAGUGUCCCCUCAGGGAAUCAUCUUGUGCGAUAGGGUGUCUAACCAGAUGAUCGAGAACAUUUCCAUAUACAGGAUUUCAUACUGCACAGCUGACAAGAUGCAUGACAAAGUGUUUGCAUUCAUCUCCCAGAACCAACACAAUGGGACGCUGGAGUGCCAUGCGUUCCUCUGUGCCAAACGGAAAGUGGCCCAGGCGGUCACGCUCACGGUGGCUCAGGCCUUCAGAGUGGCCUUCGAGUUCUGGGAGGUUUCCAAAGAAGAGAGAGAGCAGAGUGUGAAAUGGGAUUCAGCUGGAGAAACGUCCGACCGUUCACAGUCCGAGGGAUCGGUCAGCCUGAAAGGAGGAGCUGUAGCUGGAGAGAACCUGUUGGACAUCGAGGUUUACUCAUCUGCUGUGGAAAACGUGGACAACCCCACCGAACCAAACAACAACACCACCUACACCACCCAAUGGGAGACUGAUGAAGGUCUAGAAGAGGCUUUUUCAAGACUCGCUGAGUCUCGUACUAACCCCCAGGUCCUGGACAUUGGGGUGAUGCCUCAGGACUGGAACUCUGAGACCGAAUGGGACAAGACCAAUGGAAACGCACCAAACACCGAUGAGCUCUCCAGCCUCUGAGCACAGAUAGGUAUGUUGGAGAAAGAAGGAAUCUGGUGGCGCACUGGUCCUUCACAUCGUGAUCAUCUGGUCAGCACACCAAAGCAAUAGCAGACGAGUCUAUUUUUGCAAAAAAAAAAACAACUAAAAACAAAACAAAAAAAGUAUCUUACCCGAGUUUACAUGCUUUAUUUUUAUCAAUCGAAUUGUAUACAGAAUAAUGUAUGUAGAUGCCAGAGUCAGUAUUGGUUUCAUGUGUGAAAAGAAAUGUAUCAUUUGACAUGUAGCAUCAUGCCUAUUCAGGUGCACUGUAGGGUUGCUUUAAAGUCUAACUCUAUAGUUUGCUGCUUUGAAAUUAAUUUAUCACCAUAAUGCUCUUCAUUAAUGAUGAAACGGAAAUCAGUACAGCAUGUCAUUAACGUCUUUUGAGUCAUAUUUCAGUAUUUACAUGUGUAUAUUUCUUUAUUUAAUCAGGAUUGUGUGAUUGUUAUAACACCCCAAGGGGACAUUUAAUAUUUCUAUGAAGUCUAAUAAAAGUGUUAAUAUUAUCAUUUA